AUGACAACCCCCAACCCAGAAGAAAUAGACUAUAAAAACCCGCCCUUUCCCCUAACAGCAAUCGACCGCCAACUCCUCGCCACAAAGGAUUCAGACUACCACCGUAUAACCUGGAUUGACCUCAAACAAAUCAUCGCAAAAAACACCCUAGAAGACCUAAAACGCCUCCCCUCAGACCUAAAACGCUACCUAGCCUGGUCCCACAACAUCAAGGCCCAAUACGGCAGUAUAACGACCUUCGUGAUCCGGGAACGACUACGCUGGACUCCCGAGCCAUCACCAUCACCAUCAUCCACGAAACCCGGUACACCAUCCACAACAGACUCCGGACCACCCCUGUUCGCCCACCACUCCCCCAUCCCCUUCGCGGACGAACGAGACUAUGCAGUCCUACCAAACGACUGGCCCUAUGGUUUCGAGCCCGGGAUAACGCAUCUACUCGUCUGGACCAAAACGCGGAUUCCCGUCGAUGAGGUCCGUGGAGAUGUUACGGGUGAAUCGCGGCAACUGGUUGAAGAAUUUGUUGCAAGGUUCUUCGUCCGGGACUUGCGUUGUAAGGAGGAUGCGGAUGGGGAUGGUGCGGACGCGAGGGAAAGGGUCCAGUGGUUCAAAAACUGGGUGGGGUUGCAGAGCGUGAGGGGUGUAGAUCACGUGCAUGUUCUUGUCAAGGAUGUCCCGCAGGGAGUACUGGAGAAGUGGGCAGAGAGGAGAGAUCUGUGA